AUGAGCUCUAUGGUUUCCCAAAGCACAAAUGGUGGAUGGAUUGAGCGAGAGUACAAACUCAACUAUUCUAACUGGCAAGUGGAAUUGCAUGAGCUCAUAUCCAGUUACAUCCUCACCUGCCGACAGAAAAAUGACAAGAGUGUCAUCCAACGCGGCCGCAGCAUCAAAAUCGAGACUAGCGUUGACGAUGCAGAAGGGCGCCACUAUGAAGGUCCUGCCAUCAAGAUUCCUGUAUUUUGCCUCCUCCUCUCCCCAGAACCAAAACAGAUAGAUGUGGGUUCGCAUGCUGACUAUCGACAAAAGAUGACCAGUGUCUGCGCUGAAUGUUUCCGCUGCUGUCGACGAUACAUGGUCGAGCCUUUGGUGCCUUUCUUCGAGAGACAUUUUUGCAACAGUCAGGUGCUUGUCGUUAAUAUCCAUUAUGGGGUGGAGGAUGCGGAGCUUUUCUACCAGUCGGAUGUCGACGAUGAGUCGAAUUCAAUGCAGAUCGAUGGGCAUAGUGAUGAGGGUAAUGAAGGGGACGACGAUACGGAGGCCGAUACUGAGAUUGAGAAUUAA